UCAGUUUCAAUUAUUUGGUAAAUCAAAUGCACACCGCUCUACUAAGCUUAAAAUUUGGCAAAUCUGUUGUAGAACUGAAAAGUUUUUAAUUAGAAUUAUAUCUAUAAAACUGCAUAAACCCCUUGCAAAAUCAUCAGUUAACAACUAAAGUUGCUUCAACAACAACAUUUUUAAACUUUCUUCUUGUAAACUAAACUCAAACGAAAUGCCUUGUCCUUGUGGAACUGGUUGCAAAUGCACUUCUCAAAACCCAUCUGGCAAUUGCAGUUGUGGUACUUCCUGUAAAUGCGGCUCAACCAAGUAAAGUGUUUGCUGCCGAACCUACGUAAAUGAAAUGUUUAUUUAAAAUUUGCAUUUUUUUAAAUUUUGUAAUAUUUUUUAUCGAAUCUAACAUAUUUAAAAAUAUAUAUAUUUUGGCAAUAAAAAAGACGUA